GACGUGCACACAGGAAGCUCGAGCGCUCAAGAAAGGCUAUGGAAUAAAUCAACGAGAUACAUAUGUUGACGGAUCAUUAAAAGUUAAUUAUUAUUAAAGGUCACGAAAAUCGCCCACAGUUUGACCACAAUGUCAUACGUGGAAUUUAUGAAAGGUGAAUGUUUUUUUGUCUGAAAAAAUAAGUUUUGAACUAAACUUCAGCAAGAGGCGAGUUGCUCUUACUGAUUCGAUGAGGAAGGACCUGUACUAUUAUAUUCCGGGAGGAAGGGUUGAUGACGUCUGUAGCAUCCUUAAUGUGACUUAUUGAAAAAAGCCCAGCCACGGGAUUCAUGGAUAAAAAUCCGACGGAAUCAGUGCAGAGAACAAAAACUUCAGAAAAAGAUAUGUAGACAAAUGUUUACAUUGCCUUUCAGGAGCCGUGUUUGCACAGAAACCUGUCGAUUGCAUUUUAUUUAAAUACGUGGAGAACACCCUAGGACACAAACGAAGACGGCGGCGGCGCUUUGGAGAAGAUUUUCUGCGAGAAAGAUUUUAUCACAGUAGAGUAACCUAAGCCUCGCCCGGAUCCACCUUUCAGGCUACCGACUCGGCAAUAGAAUGACCAUGUCCAGUAAGGCUACUUUAGUAUUACUAAUCUACGGAAUCAUAACGCAGUACAGCGCCUUAUGUUCACCAGCUGGGCUUCAGUACCCUAAGAUUAGACUUGAAAACGAAGUGUACGACGAAGACGGAAACUCGUUAACAGACUGGGCUUUCGGUACAGAUGAAAUGGCGAUACGGAGUUCCCCCUAUUUCCUAGAUGAUCUUUACACGCUGUACUACUCACCGGAGAAAAGGGAGGUCAGCGAUACGGAAGACGAUUCAGAGCCGCUCUCCAAACGGCACUCGGAUGGGAUCUUCACGGACAGUUACAGCCGGUACCGAAAGCAAAUGGCAGUCAAGAAGUACUUGGCAGCCGUCUUGGGGAGAAGGUAUAGACAGAAAUUUCGCAACAAAGGACGCCGCUUCUCUUACUUGUAGCGCUUAUUAACCAAACUGUCCUGUGUAUAAACCCUGAAAUCAACCAACAACCCGCGGAUCGCUUCCUGUGUUCUCUAAACAUGUAUUUAUGUAUCAAGUAAAGCCAUUAAAAUACAUAUUUUAAUAAUAUUAUUGUUUUUCAUUUGUACAAGAGCACUUGAAACCGCACAUAUAUAGGCCUGAUUUGUGAGUUGAUAUAUCUAUAAGUAUAUAAAUGGAUGUUUAGUUCUAACGUUUAAAAUGGGGGAAAGGAACGUACUGUCCAUCUUUCAACGUUCUUUGAAUAUGCAAAUUGACUGAAGGAAUUGAUUUUCAAAAGACAAUCGGAACUGAGUGUUGCUCUUAUUUAUUUUUGUAAUCGAAAUUUGAAGGACUAGUGUUUUCCUUGACAGCAGAUAUGGAGACUUGAUAGAGAUUUAGAAGCACUGUGGGUUGGAAUGGCUGUUCAGCCUUUUUGGCCGAGGGGGGAUACUUCUAGAGCAGUUGAGUGCAGUAAGUUCACCCCUUUUCCCUAAGUUUUACGCUUUAAGUCUUUUCUGAGUGCAGGGCCUCUCCCACUUUUCUGAAAGUGGAAAUAUUACUAUAGCCACCUGUAUACGCAUAUUAUAGAUACAUGUUUAUGUAUCGUCUAAAUUGGAGUUAAAUAAUCCCACAAACACUCUUAACUAUAUGAUAACAUGAAAUGGUGUUUUUUUUUACCUUGGGUUCUUAACACUAUCUUUAAAAUGUUUAUCAUAUACAUGUUUGUUGCAAGCUGUCCUACAUUCUUACAUUAAGCCUAUGAAAAAAGAAAGCAGAAUUUAAAAAUAGCAUUUUGGAAUGUUUAUUUGUACUUCUUGAUGCUUGCACGAGUCAAGAUGGAAUCUAAGUGUGUUCCUCUCUAGUGCUGUUUGUGUAUUUGCCAGAUUUUACUAAAGCCUUCAAAGCAUUUAACUUUUUUGUGUCUGUCAUAUCAAAAGCGCAAACUGUGUGUAUGACAGCUGAGGGACAUUCAAGUCAUGAAAACAACGGGGGAAACUGCACUGGAUCAGUUUAGUUUUGUUUGCUGUUAAAUCCCUCUACAAUUUCUUAAGUAUUUUUAAGGUGUUAAAUAUUCCUCAUUCUUUUAAUUGUGCCUCAUAUGUACGAAUAUGGAAAUGUAAGGUGAGAAUGGAAGAUUAAAACGGUUGUAAAAAGCCACUGAUUGGUGCAGCCCAAAGUACCCAGCA